ACAUUUAUGACAACGUUGAUAUAAUUUUCUGGAAAUCCUUUAUUGAACCUAUGGUUAUCGACCAUUGCACUUUCGUCAGGCUGAAAGAAGAGAGAUUCUUUAGAGGAAUUGGGUUUAUAACAGACUGAUAACAUGGCAGUUACAUUCAAGAAGAGUGAUCAAAAACAAAUGAACAAGUGGCUCGAUGGGAAUAAAAGAUACACACUUUUAUUUAAAGCAACUAGGGAUGGCUGUGAUGCUACUGCAUUCCACACAAAGUGUAAUAACAAAGGUCCGACCGUUACUAUUAUGUACAACACUGACAACUCAGUGUAUGGUGGAUAUACUUCCUUGAGUUGGGCUAGUACUGGAGGUUAUGUGGUCGAUGGGAAUUCGUUUCUAUUUCGACUCCAUCAAAAUGGUAUCUGGAAGCCAGUAAAAAUGCCAGUCAAAAAUACUACAUAUUCUAUACAUGAUAGUGCGGGAUACGGACCUACGUUCGGAGGGGGACAUGACCUACCGUCUUUUAGAAACACUAUAACUGUUACUGGUGGUUACUUUCAGUUGAACGGUACAUUAUCCUUUGGACAUUCAUAUAACUCUAAUGGAGAAACAUUAGAUUCCAUUGCUAAUGGACACCAGAAUGUGAAAGACAUUGAAGUUUACUCCGUAGAAGUUGCAGAUACCAAAGCUGAGCUUGAAGAACCAUGGAGAAAAACUCCCCAGUGGAAUACAGAAUUAUUGGGAGCACUGAAAGAAAAGAUAGAAAGAUACAAACCUUUGAAGGAAUUGAAUGUUCCACAGGCGCGAAUGUUAUUGGUUGGACAAGUAGGAGCUGGAAAGACAAGUUUCUUCAAUACAAUUAACUCUGUCUUCAGAGGAUAUAUAACAAGACAGGCUUGUAGUGGUAAUGCUGAGCAUAGCUUAACAACUGUUUAUCGAAAGUACCAAAUCAGAAAUGGAACAUCCGGGAAAGCAUUGAAUUUCAGACUCCAUGAUACAAGAGGACUAGAAGCUGACCAGGGAAUGGAUGCUCAUGGAAUGUGUUAUCUACUCGAUGGUAAUUUACCUGAUCGAUUCCAGUUCAAUCCCUCUGCACCAGUAACACCUGACACAGCGGGAUUUGUUGCCAAACCACAAUUCGCCGAUAAUAUACACAGUGUUGUGUUUGUCAUAGAUGGCAGCACUGUAGACGUUAUGCCGGAGAAGGUAAUAGAAAAGAUGAAGGGAUUUCAGAUUCACAUGAAUCAAAGAGGCAUCCCACAGAUUGUACUACUUACCAAAAUAGACAAAGUGUGUGAGGCUACAAGUGAAGACCUAUCACAAGUUUUCUUCAGUCCUGUCGUACAAGAAACUGUAGAUCGAGUUUCACAGAUACUAGGACUGCCAAGAUCUAAUAUUCUGCCGAUUAAGAAUUACGAAUCAGAAAUCGAACUUCAGGAUAACGUUAACAUUUUAACCUUGUUGACCUUGCAGCAAAUACUGAAUUCGGCAGACGACUACAUGUUUAAUUACCUUGACCAAAUUGAAGACGGGAAACUACAACAACUAAACAUCAGAGAAUAACUGAAACUAUUUCUUCAACUAAAAGAUUUAGUCAUUAUAUUAAGCUAUAUUGUUAUUAAAGUUGAAAAAGAAAAAGAAUCAAAAUGCUUUUACAUUAAGCCUCACACCUAUAAAUUGAAAAAUCAAAUGGUUAUAAGUGUGACUUGAAAUACGUGUUUCUCUCUUCCUUUUGCAGUUCAUAUGAAAUUAUGACAAAAUUGCAAUUUCUUUUAUCACACUAAACUGUUCAACUGGUCAGAACUUUUGAAAAAACUGCUAUAGGAAAUUUCAGUCAAGUCGAGAAGGUGCAAUUGAAUAAGAUACAGGAUACUUACUACCAUUUGAGAUUGUAGUUUCACUGCAUUGAUACAUCAAAAAUACUGUUUCUGCCACGGUCGGCCCGGUCCAUAGAGACAUUUUAUGAGCACUUAAAUUAUGUUGUCGUAAAGUCAAAUUAUAUUUUAGUGAUAAAUUCAAGUUGCAUACAUAUUAAACCUACUAAAUUAGAAGUUUCAGACUGUGUUAUAUCAAAUUUCGGCGAAAACCAGUCAACAAAUAGUAUUCUGCAACCGAUCAAAACAAGAACUGGUGUAGACUGGAGCAAUAUACAAGAUAACACAAUGGCAGCAAAAGUCAACCAAAAACUUCAAAGCAGCAAAGUAUAGCCGCAAUCAGGACUAAUUUCGUUUUUCAUCCCAGUUGUAAUAAAGCCGAUCGCUAUCCUACAACGUACCAAUACAUUUUAUUAUUUGCCACCGCUAUGAUUCAACCUCACACAUUUGUUGUCAACAGAACUUAUUCCGUACCAGUUAUCAAAAAACGUUCGGUAAUUUUAUCUUUAUUUCCACUUGCCCUAUAUAAAUCUUUUGUAGGGUCAUAUCGUAUGCUUUCGACGUUUUUUUAUCGGAGAUAUUGAAAACUUGAACCGAAUAAACGUUUCGUCGUUUAUGGGGGAAGAAAAUGUGUGAAAAUGUGGAAAGAUUUACCCAAAACAGAAAAUUUCUAUGACCGACAUUGAAAAACUUUGCAUAAAAAAACUUCAAAGGCAUUUUACUAAAGAGUAAAACGUAAAAAUACUCCAAAGGAAAAUUCAAAACGUUCCUUAACAAAUUGCAAAAUCAAAAGCUCCAACACAUCAAACGAUGUAAAACUACUGUCAUAUUCCUGACUUAGAACAGGAAUUUCCCUGUAUAGAAAUUAUCGGAUUUAGAUCAGUCGGAGUAAGAGUAGAUUCAAUUGAACAACACAUAAACUGGCUACAUGAAAAGUAGAAUUUUCCAUAGGUAUAUUAAAAGUGGUUUGAACAUUUAAUUUUUGUGUAAUUGCAUAAAAUUUCCAUUAAAAAUAUCUCAAAAUAUUAUUAACCACAAGGUAUUAUUAAUGUCCAUAAAAAUGUGCACUCUUACUUGGUGACUGCAUAUUUAUCUUAUUCUUCCAGUUGUUAUUCUAAUAGGUUUUUUGCUUAAUGAAGUAAAAAAGGUGUAUUUAAUGUGAUCACUAUUUGUAAAAAUUUACUGCAGAUUUUCCAGUUUUAAACAAUAUGGAUGCAAGUGUUGCACAUUUGUGUGGAGCCUGUUGACAUCACUUACUUAUCUACAACUUCAAAAAUUAUAAAAUCUGCAUUUAAUUUUUAUAAAGUCAGAAUAUUUGAAAAAACAAAACAUAUUCAAAUAGAAUAACGAUUACAAAAUAUCAGCGGUAUUGUUUACAAUUUAAUAGAUUUAGAUCAAUGGUGGUUGGUGCUUUUAAAUGGAAUAGGUCUCAAUAUUCAUUGCAGAGAAAAAUAUAGAUGCAUCAAAUAUUUUGCCAAAGUUAUCAUUGUCAAUUACCAAAUUUUGUUUAUAUUAACUAAAAUUUUUGCAGCUAUGUUUAAAAUAAUUUUUUGUUGCAUAUUCAGUAGAUUCUCAAGAGAUGGACCUAAUAAAAUAUAAUAAUUUUAAAUCUUUAACUUACAACUGUGUCACUGAAAGAUUAAAUUUUGUAGUGCUUCCCAACACAGUCAUGUAUGUAUCAUGUAUUAUCGCUAUUUUGUGGAUUUUUCCUUUGAUCUUUUUUUGUGAUAAUUAUUCAUAUCAUGCUACUCGCUUGAGAUGGAAAAUUAUCCCUAGAAACUAAGGAGCCACGUAGCCGUUGCUAAUGAAAUUGACAUGAAAUUGACAACGUCGUCAUAGGUAAAAUAGAGAUAAACAGAUUAUCGUUGGUCAUCUCAACUUGAUUGCAUUUCUCACUAUCGCCGUGACCGGCUCAAGCGAGAAAAUCAAUCUUGUUGAGAAACAAAGAUAAUCUAUAAUUAUUGCUGUAUGCUUACACUUUAGAUAAUUUUUAUGUGCCAUAUAUAUUUGAUAUGGUAAUUUUGAUUUAUUGGUAAAAAUAGAUUCAAACAUGUAUAUUCUGAAUUGCACAUAUCA